AUUGAUCAUCAAUUAAAGCGUUUUUGGGAAUUAGAAGAGGUUGACAGUGGCCAAUCAAAAAAUAAUAUUUUCACAGAAGACGAAAGGGCGUGUGAGGAACUUUUUACCUCCACCACCACUCGCGAUUCCGACGGUAGGUUCGCGGUUCGAAUUCCGCUACGUGAAUCAGCUGAUGCGCUCGGCGAUUCGUACGAGUCAGCGAAGAAUAGGUUAUUAUCUUUAGAACGAAGGUUAGAUCGUUCGCCCGAAUUAAAAUGUAUGUAUUCCGAUUUUCUUAAGGAAUAUUUAGCGUUAGGGCACACGACACAUGACCCGCAUCGAUACAUUUUCAUCACCGUAUUAUUUUUUACCACACCAUUGCGUACAACGAGAAAGUACCACUACUAAACUGCGCGUCGUGUUCGACGCCGGUGCGAAAACAACUUCGGGCAAAUCGUUAAACGAUUUACAGUAUAUUGGCCCUCCGCUGUUAAAUGAUUUAGUGACUAUUCUUCUGCGGUUUAGACAAUUCGCGUACGUAGCAUGUGCCGAUGUGGAGAAAUUAUUUAGACAGGUGAAUAUACAAUCUGAUCAACGUCAACUGCAGUUAAUUAUGUGGCGGGAUAAUAAACAAGACCCUAUAGGUAUAUAUCGACUAAAUACCGUGACGUACGGUACCGCGUCUGCGCCGUACUUAGCGAUGAGAUGUUUACGUCAGUUAGCAUUCGAUUGUACUGAUGAACAAGUUUCAGAUAAAAUUUUAAAUUCAUUUUAUUGUGACGAUUUUAUUUAUUCGCAUAAUAAUAAGCAAGAGUUAUUAAGGCUAUGCAAAAAUAUUACUGAAGUUUUAAAGGCAGGUUGCUUCCCGUUACGUAAAUGGUCUUUUAAUUUCGACGUUAGUUCAUCAGAUAGUUGUACAAAAUCAUUAUCACUCGAUAAAACUACACAAUGCAAAACACUCGGUUUACGUUGGUGUAACAGCAGUGAUGAAUUAAAUUUUAAAACUAAUUUAAAUAUCAACAUUGAUACCACUCAACUUACUAAACGUAAAGUACUUUCCAUUAUAUCGCAGGUCUAUGACCCACUGGGGUUAUUAGCGCCAAAUAUUAUUAUUACUAAAAUUCUUAUUCAACAACUGUGGCUACGUAAAAUCGGCUGGGAUGAGCCUGUACCUUCUGAUUUAGCAUGUUCGUUUAUUAAAUUAAUUACUUCUCUUCAACAUUUAUCAGAAAUACACGUUCCGCGACAUGUAACUACACAGCAUGCACAGCAAUUGGAACUACACAUAUUCACAGACGCUUCGCAAGACGCUUAUGGCGCUUGUGCCUAUAUACGUAGCACUUGUGAACAAACGAAUAAGGUUGUUGUUAGAUUGUUAUGCGCGAAAAGUAAGGUCGCACCAUUAAAGGUGGUUAGCGUACCACGUCUCGAACUGUGCGGUGCGUUAGUUGGUGCGCGCCUUUAUAAAAAGAUUGCCGCUUCUAUGGAUUUAACGUUUGAAAGGGUAUAUUUUUGGAGCGACUCGACAAUUGUUUUGGGUUGGUUGCGGACUCAUCCUACCUUAUUGAAAACAUUUGUCCAAAACAGAGUAUGUGAAAUUAAUGAUUUGACUACCGGCUGCGUUUGGUCACACGUGCAGGGCGUGUAUAACCCAGCUGAUCUGUUAACGCGUGGAAUCCAUCUAACGGAACUUAUUCAUAACGACUUGUGGUGGGUCGGUCCAGGGUUCGUUUUCGAUGGCGAUUAUGAUGUAUCUAGUACCGAUAUACCUUUGACCGAUUUACCUGAAACUAAACCUAAUAAAGUAGUUGUUUUAUACUCGUCAUGUAACGUGUUUCCUUUCGAAAAAUUUUCAUCUUUCACUCGUAUGAUACGAGCGGCUGCAUAUAUUUUGCGAUUUAUACAUAACGCUCGUUAUAAACACGAACGUAAACAGGGUUCAUUAACCGUUGAUGAAUUACGUAAAUCAACUAUUUUACUUGCGCGAUUAUCUCAAAACGAUUCAUUUCCUCAAGAAUAUAAUUCAUUGUUAAAUAAAUCAUCCAAUACAAAAUUUUCCCGUAAUUUGUCCGGACUUAACUUGUUUCUUGAUAAAGAUCUAGUAAUCAGGGUAGGAGGUAGAUUGAAUAAUUCUACUGAGUUCACCUACGAUAAAAAGCAUCCUGUAUUGCUUUGUAGCAAGCACAAAUUCACUUCGCUUCUAUUUGAAUAUAAACAUAAAUACUUAUGUCAUGCUGGCCCACAGCUACUACUCUCGACCAUUCGCGAAGAAUGGUGGCCACUUGGUGGCAGAAAUCUAGCUCGUUCAACUAUUCACAAAUGCGUUCGUUGCGUUAGGAUGAAUGGAAAAACAUUGAGCCCUAUAAUGGGUAACUUACCAUCUAACAGAUUGGUACCGGGCUUUCCGUUCAUGCAUACUGGUACUGAUUAUUGUGGUCCAGUAUAUAUUUUAAACCGCCAAGGGAGAGGUUCUCGAUUAAUCAAAUGUUAUGUAUGCAUCUUUGUGUGUUUUGCUACUCGCGCUUUACAUUUUGAACUGGUGACAACUCUGUCUACUGAGGGAUAUCUUCUCUGUCUCAAGCGAUUCAUAUCACGCAGAGGCAAACCCGCUGUCAUAUAUUCGGACAAUGGGAAGAAUUAUGUAGGCGCAGCUAAGGAGCUAGGUGAAUUUCUGUCUACUCACUCAAAUGCAUUAAUCGAAGGGGCUGCUUUGGACGGUAUUUCGUUUAAAUUUAUUCCACCUUACUCACCUCAUUUUGGUGGCCUGUGGGAGGCAGGGGUGAAAUCCUGCAAGUAUCACCUUAGACGCGUCUUAGGCAAUUCACACCUCACUUUUGAGGAAUUUUAUACGGUGUUAGUGCAGGUCGAGGCCGUCCUUAACUCCCGUCCGUUAACUCCACUAUCAGCUGAUGCCAACGAUCUGCAAGCUUUAACGCCUGGACACUUCUUAAUUGGGCGCCCGCUUACCGCACCAUUAUGCGACGAUAUCACUGACGCAGUCACCACUCGCUUGCCACGUUUUGAUCGAAUCGAACAAAUGCGCCAACACUUCUGGCGGAGAUGGUCAAAGGAGUUUGUCAGCGAAUUGCAAACGCGCACAAAAUGGAAGGCCAACAAGAGCGAAGUCACGGACAACACACUUGUUCUCAUCAAGGACGACAACUUGCCUCCUUUGAAGUGGCGUCUAGGACGAGUAGUGGAAGUCCAUACCGGUAAAGACGGAGUCUCCCGAGUAGCGAAGAUCCGUACAGCCUCUGGAGAAGUACAACGCGCCUUUAGUAAAAUCUGCCCGCUACCGGUACAGAUGUCUGCUGGAAGCCAAGACAUUCCAGGGGCCGGAGGAUGUUAACGCACUCCAUCGCGUAGCGAGUUCCGUGGUCACGCGUCGGCUCGCCGAGCACCCCCACCCCGCACGUUACUCGCCGGCAACAACGGACGAGUCCACUUCGUUCAUUUUUUAUUUAACAUUUUUAUUGUUAUUUAGGCAGAUUAAACAGUUUAUUAAUUCAA